AUGUAUCUGCGGCACGUUUUUUCGAGCGUCAAAAGGCUUAUUCUGCCUCGUGUACAAGUAAACUCUAAGACGAUUAAUCAAUCAAUUUAUCGAACUUUAGCACAUGCACACAAAAACAAACUCGAAAUAUCUGAAGUUAGAAAGGCACCUACCGAAGAAGCCGAUGAUGGAAAUGAGUUAAAAGCUGUUGUCGAAGCAACAGCUGCUCGUAAAGCACGUGAAAAAGCCGAAUGGGAACGUUUAUCGUUUGUCGAAAAGAUUGUCAAAAAGUUUUUUCCGUCUCAAAUUAAUUCAAUUGCCAUUCUAAUUGUUGCUGGAGUUGGCUAUGUCAUAUAUGAGCAAGUCAAAAAUGAUUACGAGAUAAAACAUACAUUUAGUAAUGGUUCAUGUCCGAAUUUCAAAUUUAAAGAAGAGCAAUUGUUAGAAAGAAGAACUUUAUUAGAUCAAUUGAUAAAAAUUGUCACACCUGCUCCUGAUAAACUAGUUUCCUCGUAUUAUAUUGUACUUGGUGAACAUGGAGUUGGAAAAUCAACAUUGAUUCGACAAGCAGCACGAGAGGUUGGGCCUGGUGUUGUUUAUGUCGAUGUUCCAUCUAAUGUUGAAAAAUUUGGUUUUGCAUUUGCUCGAGCCAUACGAUUUAAUUUUAAAGAGCAUAUUCGUCUAUCAACAUGGAUUGAAUCGAAAAUGUUUGGUUCACCUCCCGAUGACGGAAAGGAAGCUAGUUGGGAACGUGUGCUGCAAACUUUUGAAAAAUAUGCACUCAAUUACAAGAAGAAAUACGGAUCUGUACCUGUAUUAAUCUUUGAUAGCUGUGAUUCACUUGCAAACAAAGAUCCAAAAAUGCUAGAAAUAUUACAAGACACUGCCAAAACAGCAAUUGAUGAUUCAGCGUGGAUUACCGUCUUUAUUACUUCCGUUGGAAAUGCACCAGAGCAGAUGGAAGGUCGAAGUAGUAUCACACGAGCAUCAUCUUUCAUCGAAAUAUCUGAUCUGACGAAGGACGAAGCAAUGACUUAUCUAAUCGAGAAACGAGGUCUUUCCAAAGACAUGGCACAAUCUAUUUACGAUCUUUUCGGUGGACGAAUAAAAAGUUUACAAAAUGCUGCAUCAAAGUUAGAUAGUGGUGUUCCAUUCGAAGUUAUUCGACGCUCAACUUUACAAGAUACCGCACGUCGGAUUGAAAAAAUCAAGUGCCGAGCGACGACGCAGGAGCAAACUUUCUUAUUCAAUGUUCUCUGUGGUUUAUUAAACCAGCCUGAGCUCACCGUUGAUCAAUUGAUUGAAUUAGAAAGCGAUGUGACUGUCCGACAAAAGAUUCUCGAUGAACUACGCAAUGAAACUCUCCUAAUACGGUCAGUUGCGGCAGGUUCAUUUAUAUAUCAUAGUCAAACAAUUCGAGUGUGUGUUGAAGAAUACUACAAAGAUAAAUGUUUACAUUGCAAUGCCAAAGAAAUGUAA